GGAAAAGAUCACGCAUGCGCACAAGGUCUGUUUUCAAACGGCUAGACGCCAUACCUGCGGUGGAACGUGACUAAAGUCAUACAUUUAUUGUGUUUAUCUUGUUUUCCUUAAACAGUUAACCUUCCAGAUGGAUUUAGACAGUGGAACAUACGAACCAGGGUUUGUAGGGAUAAGGUUUUGUCAAGAAUGUAAUAACAUGUUAUAUCCUAAAGAAGACAAGGAAAACCGUAUCCUGUUGUAUGCGUGCAGGAACUGUGACUACCAACAAGAGGCAGACAACAGCUGCAUUUACGUCAACAAGAUCACCCACGAGGUUGAUGAGCUGACCCAGAUCAUUGCUGAUGUAUCUCAGGAUCCAACGCUGCCAAGAACAGAAGACCAUCCCUGUCCUAAAUGUGGUCACAAGGAAGCAGUGUUCUUCCAGUCUCACAGUAUGAAGGCUGAGGAUGCUAUGCGACUAUACUACGUCUGCACGGCCCCUCACUGUGGACACCGGUGGACAGAGUAAAAGCUUGUGGCUAUGGAGUGGUCUAGCAUUUGCAUCUAUGAAAUUAAUGUCUGUCAAAACAGAAACUGUGAGUUGGACAAAUACAUAAGAGUACAAUUUGUUUUGUAACAUAGCAGCACUGCAGACUGUCUCUGUAUGGUGACUCCGAUCUGUCAACAUUUUGUUAAUAUAAUGUGAUAGUCUUUAGUAGUUUUUCAUAUUUGUAUCCUAAGAUUAAAUAAUCUUCUUUUUUUCAAA